UGCAUCCGUGUCAUAUACCUUUGGGAAAUAUGGACCAUUUUAAUCGGAAUAGAAUUUCAUGAUUAGCCUAAUAAAUCCUCUUACCCAUUUCUUCUAAUCAUUAGGUUGCUGAGGUGUAUAGCCACAGCUAUUCCGGACAAGCGACUUCAACAAGCCGUUGACAACCGAAGAGCAAAAACAUGGCAGUGAACGGGACUGUUGCAUCCUCGACACCAGCAGUCACUGUGGACAAUUUAUUUUCAAACGAGACUUUUUACGUGACAAAUGUAACUCAACCUUUCACCACGACCUCCUCGGUGACCAGAAGGGAGUUCAACCCCAACCCAGCGGCAUCCUUCUUCUUCUUCUCGCUCUCAAUCAUUGGGACCCUGGGCAAUCUGCUGCUCAUCUUGGCUUUCGUGUUGACCAAGAAGCUACGGUCUUCUCUGAGCGCGUUCAUCACCAGCAUGGCGGUCAGCGAUCUCAUCUUCGCAGCCCUUUAUGACUCGCUCUCGGCUCACGAGCUGAGCGCUGGUGGCUGGGUGUUUCAGCCGGAACUCUGUAAAGGUCUCGGGAUCAUCACGGUUCUCAGCGGAUCGCACUCACUUAUUUCCUCGGCCCUGGUCGCCUUAAAUCGCUACACUCUGGUCACCAAAACGUCUACAGUCUACAGAAUGUUUUUCUCACCUGUUAAGACUACCAUAAUGAUAGUGAUGGCGUGGACAAUAUCGUUUCUGAUGGUUACACCGGCUGCAUUUUUCGGGUUCGGUGCGUUUGGAUACAACGUCGCCACCAACACGUGUGACUUCGUGGUUUCCGAUCCGAGCACCUACGUGUACUUCUUUACCUUCCCUGGCGCUUUGGUGGUCGUGUCCAACUUCGUUUGCAUCACCUGCUAUUUUCGGAUCUUUAUGACUGUACGAAAGAGCGCCAAAAAAUCCAAACCAAAUCAACAGCCGAAAAUGACCCUGAUCGUCCCCCUCAAAGUCGUGAAGGAAACCCAGCACAUGUUCAUCAUCUACAUCUCAUUCCUGUCCACCACGGCCCCGUACUCGCUGUUGUACGCUGCAGACAAUGGUAUGGACGACAUCCCGUCCACUGCGUUCGUUGUUGCCGCGAUUAUCUACGCGUGUAACAGUUCUCUGAAUCCCAUCAUCCAUACGUGGAAGAACAGAGACUACAGGAGGGCCUUCCGCGCCUUCCUGUGUUGCAGAAAGAGGCGAAACACUGCCCUCCAGGUGGUACCCGUGUAA